GAGACAGUGAGAGAGAGAGAGACGUGAGGGUUGGCUGGGAUGAGGAGCCACUCUCACACGCUACACACAGGCGUUACAAUCGCGCGGGCACACACGCGCCCAUAACAGAUCCAUCUUGAAGGCUUUCUUUUUCUCCCUCCUGCCUCUGUCUCCACUGCUGUCGCCGCGCCCUAAUUCUCAGGACUUUUAGGGAAUGCCAUCUCGCCUCCUUUGCCAAUGUUUCACUGGAGCAAGUGGAAGAAAAGGAUGGGAGCCAGUACUUCCUCCUCUUCCAAAAGACCCGUGUUCGAUGAGAAGGAAGAUGUGAACUUUGAUCAUUUCCAGAUACUUCGAGCAAUUGGCAAAGGAAGUUUUGGCAAGGUGUGCAUUGUGCAAAAGAGAGAUACAGAGAAGAUGUAUGCCAUGAAGUACAUGAACAAGCAGCAGUGCAUUGAGAGGGAUGAGGUUCGGAAUGUGUUCAGAGAACUAGAGAUCCUGCAGGAAAUUGAGCAUGUCUUCUUGGUGAAUCUCUGGUACUCAUUUCAGGAUGAGGAAGACAUGUUUAUGGUAGUGGAUUUGCUCCUGGGUGGUGACUUACGUUAUCAUCUCCAGCAAAAUGUCCAGUUUACUGAGGAAACAGUGAAACUCUAUAUCUGUGAGAUGGCAUCAGCUUUAGACUAUUUGCGCAGUCAGCAUAUCAUACACAGAGAUGUGAAACCUGAUAACAUUCUCCUUGAUGAACAAGGCCAUGCACACUUAACAGAUUUUAAUAUUGCAACAAUCAUCAGAGAUGGUGAAAGGGCAACUGCUCUAGCUGGAACAAAGCCAUAUAUGGCUCCAGAGAUCUUUCAUUCCUUUCUGAAUGGUGGAACUGGUUACUCCUUUGAGGUUGAUUGGUGGUCAUUGGGAGUGAUGGCAUAUGAGCUUCUUCGUGGAUGGAGGCCUUAUGACAUCCAUUCCAAUAGCCCAGUGGAAUCCUUAGUUCAGUUGUUCAGCACCGUGAGUGUCCAGUACACAACAGCGUGGUCUAAAGACAUGGUGGCAUUAUUGAGAAAGCUUUUAACAGUGAACCCUGAGCAUCGGUUUUCUAGCCUAACAAACAUCCAAACUUCCUCAUACUUAUCAAACAUGGACUGGGAUGAAAUCUGUGAAAAGAGAGUGGAGCCAGGCUUUGUUCCCAAUGGAGCCCUGGAAAGAGAUCAGAUCCUUGUGGACAACCAGUAUCUCCAGGAAGCUGAUAUACAGGUUAGAUUCAUGAUGGUCCCAGAGGCCCUGGAUAUGCAGGUUGCCAGAGUCAGCACCCCAUCAUGUGAUGGAAGUGGAUGUUGUGAGCAUGACACUGGGUUCUGGGGUGUUGGGGAGAAUGGGGACCUGGAUAGAGAGAUUGGCAGGAGUGGACCACCACUGGAGUUGAAGAAGAGCCCAGAUCAAAUGAAUGAGUCCAUUUCUCCUCCUGAAACCACUGAUGAAGCUGAGACAGAAACAGAAUCUGAAAAUUCCAAUCUGAAUAUCUGUAGCUCUGUAUGUUCUUCCACAGGCAGCAGCUAGGAGUAUAGGGCUAAUAAGGUCAAGAGGCCAGAAGUAUGUACAUCUCUUGAAUAAGUCAUUCUCAGAUUAAACUGACAAGCAGAUGGCAGUACAGUGAAUACCUCAGUUGAAAGAAAAGAAAGGAAGAGCACAAAGAGGAGCAACAAAAGUCAACACUGUAGAACUGCAACAAAGGCAGAUAGUUCUUACAGAACUUAUGGAUGAAAAAGAUCACUAGAUACUUUGCUAUGCAACACUUUGGUGAAAACUAUUCCAUCUCUCUUUGUCCUUGUCUUUUCUGCAGGAACUGAGCAUGGUCUGAAGUAUAUUUUCAGGUAGUAAAGGUUAGCAAGCAGAUCCCAGCUUAGGUGUAAGAGAAGGUGGAUGAAAAACAUGCAGAGUAAGAUGGGAGAACUAGGAAAGAUAGCAAAACUGAACUUUUGAUAUUGGCAGAGCAUCUGAGGUUCCUAUGGAAGAUGGCAAGUGGCUAUUAUCUCUAGUACCUGAGCGUAACCGGAACAGAAUUAGAUCUUGACUAUAUUUUAUUUUCAGUGAGUUUAGUCUCAAUACUUCCUAAACCAUCAGAAGGAUCCCACCUAGAGUCCAGUACAGUGUUGCUUACAACUGGAAUUUUAAAAUGAUGUGGUGUUUUUCUAAGCAUCCUGCAUCUUUUCAUAAUGAAGUUAUCCUUAUGUCCAAGAAGCUGUAACAGUUAUGAGUAGAGGUUAGCAUUCUCCCAGGCACAAAAAUAAAUAAAUAAAUAAAUAAAAUUUUUAAAAACAUGUGAAUGAGCGGGGCACAAAUUUGGCUAGACUGAGAAGUGACAGCUGAGGAAUGAUGCUCUAACUAUGGAAGAAGUGAUGCCUUGAUGAACUUUCCUGUUUAUGUUGUACUAAAUAAUUUAUGUAUAUAUAAAUUUAUAUACAGUAAUUUAAAGUACUGUAUACAAAUCACUGGCAUCUGUCUUAACUUUUCACAAGAAAAUUCUGGCAUUUGCUCUGGUUGUGGAUACUGCCUUUUCGGCUGUUUCAGAAGCCUCCCUUCCUGGGCUUUGGCUGCUCUCCUAUACACAUUUGCCAGGAGAUAAGGUCCACUUAGAUUUGGGAAACCACUUCUGGGAAGACAUGUAGGAUUUAUGUUUGUAAUGGAUUAUUUUACUGUAUUGUGGCUUUAGGUUGCUAUUAAAAUACUUAGAGCCCUCAGUUCAAGGUUAGCAAAUAUUUGUAUUGUACAUAAAUCUCAUAACUGUUUUCACUCAAAUGUUUGUUACCAAAUGUCCAAACCAAUUGCCCUGUUUGCAUCCCAGUUGCAUUUUCCUAAAGGAAAGUGAAGUUAGCAUGCUUUUAAUGUCCAGCUUCCCCCCACCCCACCCCUUUGCUCUUUUAUUUGGAUGCCUCCUACAGGCCAAUAUGGCAGGGUUCAACCAGGAGUCUUUGCAGCCUUACUUAUCAAGCUACACCUGCCUCUGUAGAUGUGCUGUAACUAGUUCUUUUCUAUUUCUGUGCUGCUAAGGAGCAGUGGUAGUAUGGCAUUCAUGACAAGCCUUCAUAGCAGCCAACAGCACAAUGAUAUAACAGGUAUAUCAGAAUCUUAUAAGGACAACAACCAAAACAUGCUUAUUUUUCCACAGUUUUAUGUGGAGGUUGGCAAUAACUAAAUCUUGUUCACAAUCAAAAUUUCAUAAAGAUCACUUCAAAAUUAAGCAAUUAAGAACUAACAUUUGCUUGGGCACAAUAUAAAAAGACAUCAAAGCUUUUCUAUCAGUUGCUCCUGACUUUGUAGCCACAAGCUUGUCACAAAUGGCAUGUCUACUGUGCAAUUAAAUGUAGAAAUGAAUAGGCUUGUGUAGCACUGCGAGUGUGAUUUUAUUGGAUUCACUCUUGAACAGUUUUACAAAAGACUGUUGAGGUUGUGCUGUCCCAGCACCUGUCCUAUCACAGCACCACAAAACAUGUUAUAAUGCUGGCAGUACAGGGAACUGUGCUGCAGGUGUAGCUAUCCAUGCCAGCAGGAACGUUAAGAGUCAAAAGUGCCAAUGCAGCCAGCCAGCUGGUCACAAAGCAUACGGUUUGACUGCAUUAGCACAACUGACUUCACAAUAAACAGACUCCAGCUUUAAUCUCAAACAUAAGUAUAGACUGGCAAUUGUGAGUUAAUUAUCUGCUAUGUUGAAUUUAUCCAUCACAGAUUUUCGAUGCUGAAUUGUUAUCAUUACUCCCAAGUGGUCUCUUAGCAUGUUCAAUGUGGCUAGCAUUGUGAUAAAUGUUCUAUUUUUAGUUAGAAAAAUCAAUUAUCUUGUUAAAAUGUUGUCUACACUGGAAUAAGUUAAUAGAUAUUGGUAUUAGCAAACCAAAUCACAGAAAGUCCAAUAUAUUUUAAAAAUACUUUUACCUGGAUCACAACCUUUCUGUUUCAAUAAGACAAAAUAUAAACAGAUUUCAGCCAAAUGCUAAGUAGUUUCUACUGCUUUAGAUGGGAGAGUUAAGCAUGUGCUCAGGAAAAUCUGUGGGGCUGACCAGUGCCUAACUUGGCUGGAUUGUGUCCACACUUCCCCCUCCUGUCCCAUUUAUCAGAAUAUACACCCCCUUUGUCAGGAACACAUUCGGUCAUACACUAUUGAAGUAGGUAACUAGCCAAUUGAUGUGCAUUUCCCUCAAUGCUCUGCAUCCAUGCUACAUUGUGCUAAAUUCAACCAGUGGCUCCCAGCUGCUUGGUGUUGAUUCAGAGUGAUGCUGCCCCGGCCAGCAGAGAAGACCACCAGGGCCUGCUGAUGUAAAAGUUUCCCCACCCCACCCCACAUGUAAAAGUUUCCCUUCCUACAAUCUACCCUUCCUAGGGAAGAAGAGGGAUAAAAUUUCCACUGGAUCAUCCACUGAAUGAUACUUGCUUGAAGGCUUCUCUCAUGGCAUCCAUAAACAUGUGGGGAAGUGGCCUUCUACUGUCUCUGUGUCUAACUCUCCUGCUGCUUCAGUGCCAGACAGGUGGUGAUUCUGAAUACAGUAAUAUCCCUGGAAACUAUAGACAACCACCUCCUCACAUCUUUAUGGGAACCAAGAAAGCUUAUUAUAAAGCUUCCUGUGACUGAAUUUACCCUCAUUCUUCUCAUUGGACUGGUGCUUUGUUCCCCCUUUCAGUCAAGCUCAUAAGCUACGCAUAAAACUAGCUUCUUCACCCCACCCCUCUUUUAUUAGUUUCUGUUUCAUUAGUCCCACAUUCCUGGGACACAAUAGCACACAGACGUUAGAAAUCAAGGAUUUCAUGUACAAUCUUUUAGACAAGGGAUUUAUGUCUUUUUACAGUGUGUUUCUAUAUUCUUUACAUACAACUAACACUAUGUACUUUACUUUUCACUGUAAUAUAUAUGGUAU